ACAAAGCAAAUGUCUAUCUCUAUGUCGAACCUUCACGAGCUACCUUAAACCCUAAUAACAAUGGCGACGCAAUUCAGACUCGAUACAGCCACGACUUUCCUUGCUUUCAACGUUCCCCGAGCUAAUACCUCGUUGAACCAUCGGUUCGCUUCUGCUAGGCUCAGGAGAGCCACAGUUUCCUACAGAACGAAGCCGUCGUCGUUCUAUCCCGCGGCGCUUUACUCUGACAGCCGCCGGAGAUUCCACUCCGCCGUUGCCUCUGAUUCCUCGCUCGCCGUUGUGGAUACUGAAGAUUCCUUCGAUGUUUCCACUGAGAUUUUGCCCGACAAUCGAAUUCCGGCCACUAUAAUCACCGGGUUCCUGGGUUCUGGUAAGACGACAUUGCUAAACCAUAUAUUGACGGGAGAUCAUGGGAAGCGCAUAGCCGUGAUUGAGAAUGAGUUUGGUGAAGUCGACAUUGAUGGAUCGCUUGUGGCAGCUAAAACUGCUGGAGCAGAGGAUAUAAUGAUGCUUAACAAUGGCUGUCUCUGUUGUACUGUUAGGGGUGAUCUUGUGAGGAUGAUUUCUGAAUUGGUUCAGACCAAGAAAGGAAGGUUCGACCAUAUCGUUAUUGAGACGACAGGAUUGGCGAACCCUGCCCCGAUUAUUCAAACUUUUUAUGCUGAGGAUGAAAUUUUCAAUGAUGUCAAACUGGAUGGGGUUGUCACUCUGGUUGAUGCUAAACAUGCUCGUUUGCAUCUAGAUGAGGUCAAACCUGAAGGCUAUGUCAAUGAGGCAGUAGAACAAAUAGCUUACGCAGAUCGUAUCAUAGUUAACAAGACUGAUCUUGUUGGUGAGCCAGAACUAGCUUCAGUGAUGCAGCGGAUAAAGACCAUAAACAGCAUGGCUCAUAUGAAGCGGACAAAGUAUGGGAAGGUUGACUUGGAUUAUGUUCUUGGAAUUGGAGGGUUUGAUCUAGAAAGAAUUGAGAGCUCUGUGAAUGAAGAGGAGAAAGAAGAUCACGAGGGUCAUGAUGGUCAUCACCAUGACCAUGACCAUGAACAUGGUCAUGACUGCCAUGAUCACAACAAUGAGCAUGAUCAUGAACACGAGCAUCAACAUUCUCAUGAUCACACUCAUGACCCUGGUGUUGCUUCAGUCAGUAUAGUUUGCGAAGGAGACUUAGACCUCGAGAAGGCUAACAUGUGGCUUGGGGCGCUAUUGUACCAACGUAGUGAGGAUAUCUACAGAAUGAAAGGUAUCCUCUCCGUCCAAGACAUGGAUGAGAGAUUCGUGUUUCAGGGAGUUCAUGAAAUAUUUGAAGGAUCACCAGACCGGUUAUGGAGAAAAGAUGAAACAAGAACCAACAAGAUCGUUUUCAUCGGCAAAAAUUUGAACCGGGAGGAGUUAGAGAUGGGUUUCAGAGCUUGCUUGAUUUGAUUAUAGGAACAAAUAUGUAAAAUCAUUUCAUUUUGUAAUCAACUGAUCAAUAGACU